AUGGAACAUCAACUUUUUUACCAGCCAUCUACUACACUAGUGAUCGUGUGUAAGUUAUGCGAGUACGUUAUUCGGCCGAAAGAGGUCUUCCGACACCUCCAAUCAGCGAAUCAUCGUAUUAAGAAGCCAAAAGCGCGCCAAAUUGCCGAGGCGGUUCAGAGUUGGGACCGUACAGAGGAAUGCGACGAAUGGCAGCCACCGACUGUGGUUAAUAACCCAAUCCCGAAUUUACCAGUUUAUAGCGAUGGUAUUUUAUGCGAGAAGGGCCAGUUUUGCCAAUAUCUCGCACGUACAGUAAAGACUAUACAACAGCAUUGGCGAGAUCAGCAUGGCUGGAUCGCACCUCCAAACCGGGGCGGUAGUCGGCGCCAACAAGGGUUAUCGGCAGCUGAACGGCAUAUCCAGCAAUUCACACGUAUUGUCCGGUGUCAGCGCGCGUUCACCCAGGGGCCGGGGUCGCAUUACAUUCGCGUUCAGACGCUCGGAGCCGAGGCCAUUCCCGAGGCCGAUUCGCUAGCAAUAUCUGAUCAUAAUAGUCAGGUGAUUGAUCAGAUGGAAAGAGCAUAUACCGAAAGACAAGAGCUUCCCCAGGUGAUCGUGGCUAGCCAGCGAGACGAGACGAAUCCAUGGCUUCGGAGGACCCAAUGGGCCGUCUAUCUCCAAGGGAUCAACCCGCACGACCUAGUGGACAGUGUCCGAGCCCCCGAUCCCGAAUCACUCGAUCCCACCGAGCAGGCUGCCUACGCAAUAUGGGAUUCAAUGGCCACUGUGGCUCGUAUCAGCCAGUUGAUCUGCACCAAAACGAGCCACACUAUUCGGUGCGAGGCUGUUCGGACUGAGCGGGAUCGCCUGCCCCAUCAACCACUACAAGCAUAUAUGGAUGGUGAAGCUGUUAAGCGACACACGGUCCCGUGGCAGCAGAUUCUCAUGUUUUUCACGCGCACGCAGGCCCCACAUGAUUGGGCUAGCCCCCACUACAGGUUUUCCAAACGCCAGCGAGCGGCUUGGGCCACAUUAUGGAGACUAGCCCAGGCAGAGCUUAGUGCCUCACCCAUCGUAGGCCAGGGCAGGGCAGGCCAUUCCAACACAGGCCUUUCCAACACAGGCCUUUCCAACACAGGCCUUUCCAACACAAGCCUUUCCAACACAGGCCAGUACAUGGCAGGCCAUUCCAACGCCGGGCAGGCCAACACAGGGCAUUCCAACACAGGGCAUUCCAACACAGGGCAUUCAAACGCCGGCCAGAGCAGUGAAGACCUGAGCAGUUCGGACCAAAGCAGUAUGCAUUCAGGAAGUGAUUCCGAGGACCAACAGCACCAAAUCACUAGCGAAUCCCCCUUUCAGCUCACUCCCCUUGACUCCGCCUGUCUAGAUUUUUGCAUUGAGCUAUUGAACCACCGAACUAAGGUCGAGGACUAUGAGAGCGCGCUUAUCUGCGCUAGCGCGGUGCUUGGACGUGGGGAGGCAGGCUGGGGUACUGCCCAGAGCUAUCCCCCAAUAUUGUCCAAAGUGAUCAAGAUUGCUCGGUUUAUGGUGGUCCACAAAGCAUUAAAGCUAGACCCAACGGCCGAGAAGAUGAUCCACCAACUAGCUACGCAUCAGAUGGCUGGCGAAUGGGAUACAGAGAGUCCGUUAGAUUCGCCUGAUUUCACGUUUUUAACGCAAACAACGGACGAUUCGUUUUACAACGAUAACGAUGGAGAUCAGGGGGCAGCACAGUCAUCGCACUUUAUUCAGUUUAGCCAGGGCCACACACAGGGCCACCGCCAACGAUCAUUCCGGGAGUGGGUGACCGAGAUGGUCAGCCAGUUUAUGGUCCGCGGCACCAACAGUCCAAUGCAGUGGCUGUUAGAUCUACGCACGUACGGCUUAAAGAUCCAUUAUAACAGCACCGCCACAGGCCAUGUUGGCUGGAUGAACCAAGACCAGCUGUUAUAUCAACAGUACAGUUUCACUAUGGGUGACUUCCGCGGCUUUACCCACGGCCUCGUAAGCUCCACACGCCAGAUACUACACGAAGAGCUCCUGUUUAGUCAGGCUAGCUCAGUUCCCUCGAUCCCGUGGCAGGCUAUGUUUGAUGAUCCUACCGAGACCGCGCACGGGUGGAGCUUUUUAAAAGACACCCGUACGGUAUGGCCUGUAGCCGGUAGCGAAUGGAUGGUGAAUCGGGUCCGAAACGAGAGACCACUCCAGCAGCGUUUUAUCGAGUCUAGUGCCGGCCGGCUCCGAAUGUCCGCUAUCGACGUUUAUCUUCAACGGGUAGCCCAUUUCCGCGAGAAGCUAGCCAUUGCUGUCCACGUCAGCGGAGGCCAGCCUGCACGGGCGCCAGAGCUGUUAAGCAUUCGGCACUACAAUACUGACAGCGGAGGCCACCGGAAUGUGUUUGUCGAAGAUGGUCUGGUAGCGUUUGUUACGCAGUACCACAAAGGGUUUUAUAGUACGAACGACGUGAAGGUUAUUCAUCGGUAUCUACCCCGGGAAGUAGGUGAGCUAGUGGUUUGGUAUCUAUGGCUAGUGCUGCCGUUUGUGGAGAGAUUGGAGGCGUACACACAGAAGGUGCGCGGGGAGGCAUCUGAUGCUGAGACGACUGGAGGCCUCCGAUCAGUCUGA